GAAUGCAUAUAUGGCAGAGAUCAACUGGUAUAUAAUGUGCAUGGUCUACUCCAUUUGGCACAUGAGGCGAACAAAUUUGGCUCACUUGAUAACAUUUCAAGUUUCCCAUACGAGAAUUUCCUUCAUCGGUUAAAACGACUCAUCAGAAAACCAUCCUCACCCCUUCAACAGGGAAAUGUACGCAGUUGUUGAGUUCAAGAUUGAGGGCACUGUGGCCCUAGUUGCUGAGAGCUGGCUGACGGACGAAGACAACAUUGUCAAGUGGCCUGCAAAAUUCAAGACACAAGGCAGAAUUGACAGAGCUGUACAGAGGUGCGAGCCACCAAGCAAUGAUUAUGAGCGGUUCCCCUGUCGUGUGCUGUAUAAAACAGCCUCUUAUGAGAAAGGCAUGGCUAAAGUGCGCCAGGCACAAGACACAUCAGACAUUGGAACUGAUAUGGAAACGGAAGUGCCACCCAAGAGAAUUAUGAGGCCAAACCCACGCUAUCAGCAGGAUGCAUCAUCAGAUGAAGAAAUUGUUACUGCAAUUCAGCUACGUCGCAGUGUGAAUUCCACAUCUAACAACAGCCCAUCAGAAUUGCCAUGUCCACCACCAAGCCUCAUCCUUUCGGGGUCACCCUCGGGGUCUUCGGGGUCUUCGGGGGGUUUGAGUCGGUCCUCAUCAGCUUGCACAGCAACUGAGAAGAAACUGCUGACCCUGAUAGAAAAGGCAACCAUGAUAACUACAGAAAACCGAACCCUGCUCAUUCAAAUACUGAGAAAACUCAAUACGUCACAACAGGAGUUAGAUAAUGGUGGUUUGCCAGAAGGAUUGACUUUUCCCUUGAAAUUGUUGAGGGAUGUGAGAGACCUGGAGGCCCUCCUUCAAAAUUUCGAGAAGGAGAAGCUUUUGGUCACUUACUUAUCCAAUAUUGGUGGAGAGAAUCUUGGCAGUACGGUCAGACGAAUUCUUGUCUGCAUAUUGACCAAUGACCUUGCAAAGCAGUUUAAUUGGAUUGGAAAAGGCACAAAGGAGGCCUUCUGUAAACUUCGUCUGGUGAAUGUUGUACAUCGAGCUGUUCGCAGAAAUCCAGCCGUCAGAUCUGCGACAAAUGCUGAGAUAGAUUCCAUCAUAAAAGAUUGGUUUCGCUAUGCCAAAGACCGUGAUGGUGGAAGGGCGAGAAGAGCACGUCAGGCCAGCGUUAGUCCUUCCGAAAAUGUCAGCCAGGAAUCUACUGAAGACUAUGGUUCCAGUGAUGAACAUGACCGUCCCUGAUCGAUGAAAACCAGGGAGCCUGCAUGCAGCUAGAGAUUUUGGUUCAGAUCAGUGAGG